UCCUCUGCGGGCAGCACCCCAGGACCGGAGUGGAAGAGCCCCGGGGGCCAUCCCAACCGGGGACGGGACGGGAGGGAACACCCGGGGGCGGGACGGGAUGGGGCGGCCUCCUCCGGGGGAAGCUGCGGGGCGGAGCGGGGUCGCUCCUCCCCGGAAAGGGCGGUCGGUGCCCGAGUUGCGGUGUCUCCAUCCCACCCUCCCUCCAUCCCAUCCAAGAUGGUGCGGAAGCUGAAGUACCACGAGCAGAAGCUGCUGCGGCGGCUGGAGCUGGUGAGCUGGGAGGCGGCGGGGGGGAGCCUGGCGGAGGUGAAGGCCCUGCGGCGUUAUCGGUUGGGCCGGCGGGAGGACUACGUGAGGUACAAAGCCCUGGCCCGCACCGUCCGCGCCUUGGCCCGCCGCCUGCGCGAUCUGGGGCCGGCCAGCGCCGCCUUCCGCACCCGCUGCGCCGCCGCGCUGCUGGAGAAGCUCUACGGGCUGGGGCUGGUGGGCAGCCGGAGGUCCUUAGCCGCCUGCGAGAGCCUCUCGGCCGCCGCUUUCUGCCGCCGCCGCCUGCCCUGCCUGCUGGUGAAGCUGCGGAUGGCCCAGAACCUCCGCCACGCCGUCACCUUCGUGGAGCAAGGCCACAUCCGCGUAGGCCCCGAGGUGGUGACCGACCCCGCGCUCCUCGUCCCCCGAGCCGUGGAGGACUUCAUCACCUGGGUGGACGCCUCCCGCCUGCGGCAGAAGGUCCUCGACUACAACCAGGAGCGUGACGACUUCGACCUGGCUGCCUAAGGGAUGCCCUACCAUCAUCGUCCUGCCCCAUGGGACAUGCAUGGGAAUAGACACACAAGGGUGAGACCACCAUGGUACCACCAUCAGACCCCCAUUUACACCCCUGAAACACACCUAAAAGAGGAAAAUGUGCUCACUAGUAUGAGCUAGGAGGAGAGGAACAACGUCCUAGUAGCCUGUUGUUCUCCAACUCCACGUCAUAGAAUGGUCCAGGCCAGCAGGGACUUCCAAAGGUCAUCUAGUCUGACCUCCCCACAGUCAGCAGGGACACCCUCAACUAGACCAGGUUGCCCAGAGCCUCAUUGAGCUUCACCUUGAUUAUCUCCAGGGAAGGGGAUUCAACCACCUCCCUGGGCAGCCUGUUCCAGUGCUCCACCACCCUAAUAGUAAAGAUCAUUCUUCUCUGCAGUUCCAUGAGCUUCCUUUCACAGCCAACAGCUCCAAUCAUCCACGUGGAGAAACGUCCCGUCCACAUCAUCCAUGCCUCCAAGGAAACAGCCCAACUCCAUCCUACUUCCAUCCCGUAACACCAACAUGCUUGGAAAGGUCCCUUCCUGAUGGCAGGAGAGGACGCAGUCGGUCUUUAAGUGCUUGGCUGCUAAUAGUAGCUGCUGGAAGGGAUUUUAAGCCUGGCCAAGCAGCUGGUUUAGGGCUGAUUUUGGCAGCUUUGCUGAUGCUUUUCUAAGAAGCGGCCCUGCAGGUCACUCCUUCGGCCGAUGGGCAACCAGAGGAACUGCUCUUGGAAGGAUUUUCUCUUGUUACUGAGGAACAUGUAUGUGGGGAAAUGCUGGGGUGGUUUGGGGUCAGCAGUAAACGAAGAGGCCAAGUACUGCAUUUCUGGAACUGUAAAAGUUUUAGCCAAAAAUGGAAUUAAAAAAAAAAAGACAACUUUCUUUUCCUGUGACGUCAUAAAGGGAAGUUUGACUCUCUGACUUCAGUAUCUUUGCUGUGUGAGGGGUUCCAUCGGACAAUUAGGCAUCAUUUAUGGAGCAGGAUCUAAUUGGAGCGGAUCCCUACCUAACCCUACCUGCAAAUCUGGGGGGGAACUUUUGCAUUUAGCACAUAAGCUGAACAAAACCAAGUGCCUGAGGGGGGGCCUGGGGCCUUCUGGGGCUGCUGGGAACUUCGUUCCACUUGGAAAUAAAGAGCGGAAAAGCACAAAUAAAGCAGUUGUUUUAAAUUGCUGA